CUUAAAUGUACAAGAUCAACAUGCAUCCUUUUUUGCUUGUUAAAUAUGAUGCUAAGCACCCUAAGACCUGGAAAUAUUAAACACGAACCAACGACCUUUAGAUUUAAACGCGAACCAUGGUUUCAUCACCUUUUCAUGGCUUCCACAUAAUAUGUUGGUUCCUUCUUAUUUUCACUUUCUGUCUUAAAUGUGUUUCUUCAACUACUGAGGCGACUAAGGAGUUUGUGAGAAAUGAUUACAUAUGCGACGAUACCAUGGGCACCUACACCAGUAAUAGUACUUUUAGUUCAAACCUUAAACUUGCAUUUUCCAAUCUCACUACCCUCUCUUCUUCACGCAUCUUCUCCAACGUCACGAUCGGAUCUGAUGAGGCUGACAAAGUCUACGCCCUCUAUGACUGUCGGAAUGAUAUUUCUCUAGAUAAGUGUCACCGCUGCAUUGAGGACGCCAUCGAGAGUAUUCUAGAUCUUUGCAAUGCCCAACCUAAAGAGGCCAUUGUCAUGUAUGAGGAAUGCAUGUUACGCUAUGCAAACCGCAUGAUCUUCUCAACUAUGGAGCUCACCCCAAACUAUACGAAUUGCGACAUGGUCUAUUAUACCAACCGUAAUAUCAAAGAGGCUGUCAAGUCAACCCUCGAAUCACUAGUCGACGAAGCAACCAAGGAAAGUAAAUCAUCGAGUUACUUUGCAUCUAAGCCUAUGAUUCGUAUAGUGGAUAGGUACUUCUACUUUUUGGUGCAGUGUACACCAGAUCUAAGCAGGGUGCAAUGCAAGGAAUGUUUGACGAAUGCUUUAAAUUUCACGGUCGAAUCGUGUGCGAGUGAUAACCGAUUAGGAGGUCAUAUUACGGCGCCAAGUUGCGAAAUGAGAUAUGAAGAUAAACUUUUCUUUAAUGUAUCGUCGUUUAACCAUAAUUAUACUCCGCGUCCAGUGAAGUCCAUGUCUACACUUACUAUGAUUCUCUUAAUAGGUUCUUGUGUUGUACUUGUGGUGUUAGUUAAGAUGUGUUUGCAAAAGAUCUUAAAUUGGUGUAGAGAAAGAACAAGGUUUUGAGUGAAGUCUUAAGUGAGAAGAGGGAUCUUUCAGGGAAGAUCUCAAGAUGCAACUAUUAGAGGGAAUAGUUGUAGGGAGUAUGAGUUCAAUUUGUUGAGGAACUCGAUAGAGGCUCAAGUUCCUCAUAGGUUGUAAUAGAGUAGUUGGCCUAUUUUAAUGGAAUGUUUUGAGUCAAAAUUCCUUGUGGACGAGGUUUUUCACUUUCUAUUAGGCCCAAGAAGUUUUCCUCGUAAAAUCUCUCUUGCACUAUUUCUCUCCUUGCGUUAAGUUUAUUUUAAUCUCGCAAAAAGUACGUGACUAGCAAGCUCAAUACUACAAUUCACUCCCAUCUUGCAGUAUUUCAUCUAAGUAACAGUUCAAGAUUAGAUAAUGAGACUCUUUGUAUCCUGUUCGAAUGCUAGCUUAGCCUGAUCGAUGUGCCAAGCUUCACCUAUGAGUACGUAGAUAAGACGGGUGAUGGAGUUCAACGACGCCUCAUGUCAAUGAUGAAAAGCUUUGUUUUUUUUUUUUUUUCCUCAUCUUUUAAUUUUGUUUAAUGUAAGGAUAUUUUUUGUUUUUUUUAAUCAAUAAAUAAUGUAAUAAUAAUUUAAUACUAAACGUGUUUAAUUUUCUUAAAACAAUUGUGUCGAUUGUGCAAGAAACAACCGACGACAGUGGCACCAUCCUAGUUGUUUGCGCUCUGAAAAUGGUAUAUUUGAGGACUCAUCAAUGUCGUUUUGCUGUAUAUAUAUGAAGGAGGAUAAAGAACGAAGUAUAAAGUAAAAUGUAAAAAAUAUUAUUAUAUUGCUGGCUUGCUAUUACAACUGCAUACACAGCUUGGUCCUCCCACACCAAUAAAGUGUUGGCUCAUUUAAUAAGGUUAUUACAUCAGAUUCUAAAAGUCAGGGGUUUGAACCCUACUAAUAUUUACCAAAGGAGGUUAUUAUUUGGGGGCCGGGUAGAGAUCCUUUACACUUGCCUCUACUUCCUUGUGGCUGGCCUACAAAUAUUGCCAUCAAGGUUGAGGUCUAGUCAGGAACCUCCUUUCUAUAAAAAAUAAAUAAAUAAAAAUUGAUCCUCCAAACAAAGUAUGUGCAAGACUGCAAGUAUGAAAAUUUUAAGGCUGUCAUCAAGUAUGGUUUUCAAGCUUAAAUGAUUAAAUUACAGACUAAAGCAUAUACCCUC